GCUGCGCCCUCGCGCGCCGCAGUCGAGCGCGCAUAGAGUCCGGGCGAUACACUGGACCUUCCCGGACACCGGGUCAGCGGACAGCCAGUCCACCCGCCCGUCUGUCCAGGCAUUCCGCACGCUCUCGUCUUCAGUGUUGCAGAGUCAGCACCCCCGGGGGUGGCAUGCGGCAUGAUGGAGCUGCAGCCACUACCGCUGCGAGACCGCAGCCAGCUGGCCGUCAGCGUGAGGCGAGGCUGCAAGCAGUACGGCGACGUGCCAGUGCUGUCCCAGCUCAACAUGUCCGUGCGGACAGGCCACAUCUACGGCCUGCUGGGAGCGAGCGGCUGCGGCAAGACGACCCUCCUGAGCUGCGUGGUGGGGCGGCGACACCUGGACAAGGGAGAGAUCCGCGUGCUGGGAGGCGCUCCCUGCUCCAAGGGCAGGUGGCUGCCACACCGCCGGCUUGGCUACAUGCCUCAGGAGACGGCGCUCUACCAGAACAUCUCGACGCGGGAGACGCUGCGCUACUUCGGCUGGAUCUACGGCCUGAGCUCGGCCGCGUGUGACGAGAGGCUGGAGUUCCUGGCGAGGCUGCUGGACCUCCCGGCCCGCGACCAGAAGGUCAAGACCCUCAGCGGCGGGCAGACGCGGCGGGUGUCGCUGGCCGCGGCGCUGCUGCACGACCCGGAGGUCCUGGUGCUGGACGAGCCCACGGUGGGCAUGGACCCGGUGCUGCGGGACGUCAUCUGGAGGCACCUGCUGCAGAUCACCAGCUCGGGCCGCAGGACCAUCAUCCUCACCACGCACUACAUCGAGGAGGCCAGCCUGGCGCACACGAUUGGCCUACUGCGCAAUGGACACCUGUUGGACGAAGACUGUCCUAAAGAACUACUUAGAAAACAUGGUCUCAUGUCGCUAGAAGACGUUUUCUUUAAACUUAGUUUAAUGCAAGAGAAGACUGAUUCGAUGGCAUCGAUAACUGACUACCAAGAAAACCAAGAAAUCGGCGAAGACGGAAAUUCGCUUUCCAACGAAACAGAUGACGUGAACUUCAGUGAAGGUACCUCAAACAAGAUUGUUCCAGCGACACCUACCAAAGACUGCUGUGGAAUCCUUUCGAAAGGAUCAAUGAAAGCACUUCUUUUCAAGAAUAUCAUUACAACGACUAGAGAUCCAAGCUACAUGGCGUUCAUCUUCGGGCUGUGCGUGGUGGCCGUGUCGGGGCUGUACGCUGGGUUCGGCUUCGCCCCGCGUCAGCUGAGGAUCGCCGUGUCCAACCGCGACCUGGGCUCGCCCGACCCCCGCUGUGGCGGCUCCACUGCCUCGUCCAACUGCAGCCUCGAGGACCUGAGCUGUCGCUACCUGCGGCACCUCGAGGGCCCCUCCGUGGUCAAGGUGAGCUCCACUGCCUCGUCCAACUGCAGCCUCGAGGACCUGAGCUGUCGCUACCUGCGGCACCUCGAGGGCCCCUCCGUGGUCAAGGUGAGCUCCACUGCCUCGUCCAACUGCAGCCUCGAGGACCUGAGCUGUCGCUACCUGCGGCACCUCGAGGGCCCCUCCGUGGUCAAGGUGAGCUCCACUGCCUCGUCCAACUGCAGCCUCGAGGACCUGAGCUGUCGCUACCUGCGGCACCUCGAGGGCCCCUCCGUGGUCAAGGUGAGCUCCACUGCCUCGUCCAACUGCAGCCUCGAGGACCUGAGCUGUCGCUACCUGCGGCACCUCGAGGGCCCCUCCGUGGUCAAGGUGAGCUCCACUGCCUCGUCCAACUGCAGCCUCGAGGACCUGAGCUGUCGCUACCUGCGGCACCUCGAGGGCCCCUCCGUGGUCAAGGUGAGCUCCACUGCCUCGUCCAACUGCAGCCUCGAGGACCUGAGCUGUCGCUACCUGCGGCACCUCGAGGGCCCCUCCGUGGUCAAGGUGAGCUCCACUGCCUCGUCCAACUGCAGCCUCGAGGACCUGAGCUGUCGCUACCUGCGGCACCUCGAGGGCCCCUCCGUGGUCAAGGUGAGCUCCACUGCCUCGUCCAACUGCAGCCUCGAGGACCUGAGCUGUCGCUACCUGCGGCACCUCGAGGGCCCCUCCGUGGUCAAGGUGAGCUCCACUGCCUCGUCCAACUGCAGCCUCGAGGACCUGAGCUGUCGCUACCUGCGGCACCUCGAGGGCCCCUCCGUGGUCAAGGUGAGCUCCACUGCCUCGUCCAACUGCAGCCUCGAGGACCUGAGCUGUCGCUACCUGCGGCACCUCGAGGGCCCCUCCGUGGUCAAGGUGAGCUCCACUGCCUCGUCCAACUGCAGCCUCGAGGACCUGAGCUGUCGCUACCUGCGGCACCUCGAGGGCCCCUCCGUGGUCAAGGUGAGCUCCACUGCCUCGUCCAACUGCAGCCUCGAGGACCUGAGCUGUCGCUACCUGCGGCACCUCGAGGGCCCCUCCGUGGUCAAGGUGAGCUCCACUGCCUCGUCCAACUGCAGCCUCGAGGACCUGAGCUGUCGCUACCUGCGGCACCUCGAGGGCCCCUCCGUGGUCAAGGUGAGCUCCACUGCCUCGUCCAACUGCAGCCUCGAGGACCUGAGCUGUCGCUACCUGCGGCACCUCGAGGGCCCCUCCGUGGUCAAGGUGAGCUCCACUGCCUCGUCCAACUGCAGCCUCGAGGACCUGAGCUGUCGCUACCUGCGGCACCUCGAGGGCCCCUCCGUGGUCAAGGUGAGCUCCACUGCCUCGUCCAACUGCAGCCUCGAGGACCUGAGCUGUCGCUACCUGCGGCACCUCGAGGGCCCCUCCGUGGUCAAGGUGAGCUCCACUGCCUCGUCCAACUGCAGCCUCGAGGACCUGAGCUGUCGCUACCUGCGGCACCUCGAGGGCCCCUCCGUGGUCAAGGAGUUCUUCGACAGCGCCGAGGCGGCGCUGGAGGCGGUGCGGCGCGGCCGGGCGUGGGGAGCGCUGCUGUUCCACGAGAACUUCACGCGCGGCCUCCUGGAGCGCGCCACUGAGCAGACGCUCGCCAGCGACGACUCGCUGGAGCAAGGCAGCGUGCAAGUGCGGCUCGACAUGUCCAACCAGGUGGUGGCGUGGCUGCUGCGGGACCAACUGUACUCCAAGUACGUCGAGUUCGCCGAGGACAUCCUCGCCUCGUGCGACAAGGAGACCAAGAUAGCCAACAUUCCCGUCCGGUUCAACGAACCAGUCUAUGGCGAAAGGAGACCUGAAUUCAUCGACUACACGGCGCCAGCUGUGCUCUCGGCGAUGAUGUUCUUCUUUGGAGUGGCGUUGUCGGUAUGGGGCAUUGCUUACGAGAGAAAACAAGGCCUUUUGGACAGGAAUAUUGUAGCAGGCGUGAAGUCGUUCGAGAUCUUCUUCGGCUACUUCCUGUCGCAGUCGGUGCUGAUGUGCGGCCAGGCGUCGCUGCUGAUCGUGCUGGGCAUCUUCGUGUACCACUUCCAGUGCCACGGCGACCUGGCGCUGGUGGUGGUUCUUCUGCUGCUGCAGGGAGUGUGCGGCAUGGCCCUGGGUUUCGUAAUAUCGGCCGCUUGCGAAGACGAAGUCACAGCGACCGUGGUCGCCUCAGGAAGUAUUCAGCCAAUGCUGUAUCUCUGUGGCAUCAUAUGGCCGUUGGAGGGCAUGAACUCGACCCUGAGGUAUGUGGCUCUCGUGCUGCCGCUGUCGCUGCCCAUUCGCGCCAUGCGCUCCAUCAUGAGUCGCGCCUGGGGGGUGUCCAGCCACGAGGUGGUGCUCGGGUUCGCCGCCUCCUUCCUCUGGAUCGGCGCCUUCUUCGUCCUCUGCACCGUCAUCAUCCGCUUCAAGAAGCUGUGACAUUACCUCAUCUGCAAUGUUGUCUGCACCGUCAUCAUCCGCUUCAAGAAGCUGUGACAAUACCUCAUCUGUAAUCUGCACCUUCAUCAUCCGCUUCAAGAAACUGUGACAUUACUCCAACCAUAAUCUCUUAGACUGUAAUGGCGCAUUUUCGUCCUCUGCACCGUCAUCAUCCGCUUCAAGAAGCUGUGACAUUACCUCAUUGCAAUGUUGUCUGCACCGUCAUCAUCCGCUUUAAGAAGCUGUGACAUUACCUCAUCUGCAAUCUGCACCAUCAUCCGCUUCAAGAAGCUGUGACAAUACCUCAUCUGUAAUCUUCACCGUCAUCAUCCGCUUCAAGAAACUGUGACAUUACUUCAACCACAAUCUCUUAGACUGUAAUGGUGCAUUAUUCGUCAUCUUCACCGUCAUCAUUCAGUUCAAGAAGCUGUGUGAUUGAUUGCCUCAACCAUAACCUCUUAAACAUGAAUGAUAUUUUUAUGGUUUUCUGCAAUACCAUCAUAUUCAUCCGGUUAAAGAAACUGUAGGAUUACUUCUGUGUGUAACUUCUUAGACUGGAAUGGCGCCUUCUUCGUUAUCUGCACCGCCAUCAUCCGCUUCACGAAGCUGUGGGAUAACCUGUACCAUAACCCCUUGGACUGGAAUUGUGUCUUCUUCGUCAUCUGCACCAUAUUUUAAUGGUUUUCUGCACUACCAUCAUCAUCAUCCGGUUAAAGAAGCUGUAAUAUUACAUCUAUGUGUAACAUUUUCGACUGUAAUGGUGUCUUCUUCGUCAUCUGCACCGUCAUCAUCCGGUUCAAACGACUGUGAAAUUACCACUACAUUAAUCUAUUGGACUGGAAUGUUAUCUAAUUGUCAUCUGCACAGUUGUCAUCAGGUUCCGAAAGCUUUCAAUUUACCUCUACGAUAACCUAUUAGACUGUAACCAUGUCUAUUUCGUCAUCUGCACGGUCGUCAUCAAACUGUGGGACCACCCUUUCAUUUCGUAUGAGUUUAUUUUUCCAUAAUAGGUGCCAUCAUAAUCUAUUAAGCUAUGAGGUGCCUCUACCCUACACUCUUUUAUUAGAAGUGUAUUUUGCACUGUCUGUUAAAAUUAGAUUAAAGAAGAUUUCAGAAUUACCUUAAAAUCCAUAUUGAUGAGUAGGCAUUUUAUUUGUUGUGUGCAACGUAAUCAUCGAGUUUAAGAAGCUGGGAAACUCAAUUUACUAUAAAAUAGCAUACAUAAAGUGUGCCUUCUUAAUUGUUUACGUCGUUAAAAUUCGAAUAAAUAAGAUGUAGGACUUUCCAUUUAAAUCUUUUGCAUGCGAUUUUAUUACUCACCUAAACACUUCAACUGGAUUAGUUUUGUUUACAUUGUCUGCACUAUUGAAAUCAGAUUCAAUAAGAUGUGAGACUUACCUUCCAUUUCACAUGGGUGUGUAGUCUAUUCAUCAUUUGCAAAGUCAUCAGGUUAAAGAAACUCAUAAGACUCCGUCUCACCUACUCUCUUCGACAUAAACGGUGUCAUAUUCGUCAAAUGCAAAAUCACCAUCCGGUUAAAGAAGUGGUGAGACGUCCUCUAUCCUAUCAUUUUUGAAUGGCACUGUCUGAGCUAUCUUCACUGUAAUCAUCCAGUUGAAGCAGUACGACACCUUCGUCCCUCUCGUUUUUGAAUAAAUUAUUACUUCUUUGUUGUCUGCACCAUAAAAAUCCGGUUUCAGAAUCAGUGAGAUUCCCUCUGCCCUGCCUACUUUCAUUGUUAUGGUCCUUUCAUCUUUGCCUGCCUUUUAACAUCUUGUUCCCGAAACGGCGAGACUCGCUCUACACUACCGUCAUCGAGUGUUAUAGUGCCUAUUUAAUUUCCGGCAUUGUCAGCAACGGAUUCAAGAAAGACCAAAGUUUUUCGUUCUCAGUUUUCCUCUGGAUGACGAAUUUUUGGACUGUGCAAUAAUUAUCCCCUUAAAGAAGAUCAUUUUCCUCCUUGUUAUUCUGCACCGUAAUAAUACAGUUCAAGCAGCUUUGAACGUAAAUGUUUGUGAGCCGCAACCAAAAACCGAAAAAAGAGUUUAGUCUUAAGAAGCAAAUUUUGGUACCCUCAAGCUAUAGAGACUGUUAAAAUAAAAACAACUAUGAGGUGGAUACAACUGUCCCUGAAAAAUAUGUUUUGGUUAUAAAUUACCACUUAGACUUCAUAAAGAUAAUUCUGUUGUUGAUAAUGAAGUUAGAUUGUUGCUACUUUAUGAACUUUAAGUAGAACUUCUAUUUUAUUUGCCUAUUUUUCACUACUCAGGAAAAUAUUUGUCAUCUUUUCCAUGUGUUUUAUGUUGAAACGUAAUCGAUGACAGCCAUGUUUAAAUUUCACCACGGAAUGUACUGAGCAUAACUACAAAUAAUAGAUAUCUAAUGAAAAAAAAAGUGAUCAUGAACGAUGUGAAUGUACCUCGAUUGUUCCAAGGAGUUGAAACUAUUCAUUUACAUAAACGGAUGUUAAUGACUAUAUCGGUUAUCAGUGGUUGUAAAAAACGAUCAAAGACAUUAUGAAGUGCUAUCAUUAACUUUUAUGUGCUUAAUACGUGUCUGGUUAGAAUAUAAACUUUUUUUACUUAUCUUGUAAAAUCUUAACCAGAUAAAUUGAUAAAUUAUAGUUAAGCUCUAAUAGAAAAUAAAAUAUUACAAUUAAAUGUAUUAAUAUAUUAUUGAAACUGCAUUUAAAUUAUUUCUAUCUCUGGUUUUUACCAAGAAAUUACUAAGCAAAUUAAUUUAAAUUAAUUUAUUAAUGUUAUUUGUUAUUUAAUUAAAAAUACAUUUGUUUAUUAGUUAAGAGUUUAGCUUUAGCUGCAUUUACUAAUUGUUUCAUAAUGGUUAUAAAUUAUAUAAUUUCAAGGUUUAACCAUUUAAACAAAACCAAAUAUUUCAAUGAACGAAAAUUAAUGUUCAAUACACUAGACAGUUCCUGAUCAUUGAUUUGUGUGAGAUAGUAAAUUUUUGUUGUGAAUUUU